CGAAAAAUGUGAGAACUGUGUUCAAUUUAAAGUUUUCUACAUUAAGUUAUUAUUAUUAAAAAGUUGCAAUUAAAAUUUGAAAAGUUUUAAAACAAAGGUUUUAUUUCUGAAAUACAAUGCUUAAGUUGUUUCUCGUUUAGUUUCACUGAGUUAAUGCUGCUGAAAUCAAAUCAUUCAUGCAUUAAUUGUUUUAAUUCUUUUGAUUUUUAAACAUAUUUUGCUCUAUGCUUCUGAUAUGGACGAUUUACAGAAAGAACCCCAAAAGAAGCGAUUUAUUGAAUCAUCAUCCUUCUUCACUAAUUGUGAAUCAGUUGAUCCAUUUUCUAAAAUGACAAUUUUAGACUCAAGUUUCUUAGAAAAUGUGCCUAAUAGGAGUUCUUGUCCUGUAUGCAAUCGAUCAAGGAAAUAUUACUGUUACACUUGUUAUGUACCGGUAACAGAAGUUUCUGGGGAUUUGCCAAUUGUAAACCUGCCUGUGAAAAUUGACAUCAUCAAGCAUCCUAAAGAGGUAGAUGGAAAAAGUACAGCUGCUCAUGCUGCGGUAUUAGCACCAAAUGAUGUAAAAGUAUAUACUUAUCCGGACUUUCCAUCCUAUGAAAAUGAGAAAGUACUUCUAAUAUUUCCCGGUAAAUCUGCCAUGCCCUUUCAAGACUGGUGGGCUUUAAAGCAGGGGAGUCACUCCAUGAAAAGCACUUCAAGUUGUGAAAGAUCUUGUUUUAAAAAUCCUGGAAGUAUUGUUUCUUGUGAAGAUAACUUCUUUAGUGAUACUUUAUCAUUACCCUUCAGCAAAGUUAUUUUUAUUGAUAGUACUUGGAGGCAAUCUAAAGCAUUGUAUUCAGACCCACGUUUAAAUGAGCUUCCAUGCGUGAUGUUAUCCUCCUACAAGUCUCUCUUUUGGCGUUACUACAGAGGAAAACAGGAAACCCAUCUCUCGACCAUUGAAGCAAUUUACUACUUUCUCGUAGAACUAAACCAUUUUUUAUGCCCAGAACUUUCCUACGACGGGAAGUAUGACAAUUUACUGUUUUUUUUUUAAAUUCAUGUACUUUAAAAUAAGGACUCUAUACGACCCUCUGAAACUGAAGGCUUACAACAAACAGGAAGAUAAUCCCUCCUGAUAUAUGGCAACCGGGAGAGGAACAUAGCGGAACAAAUAUUCAUUUUCA